UGUCAAACGUCGAAGUAGUAGUGUCAAACGUCAAUCAGCGUUAGCGUUUUGUAAUCAUCUUCUAAUGUUGCUAAACACUUUUUAUUGAUUAAUUAUUCUGCUAGUUUGCAAAAUUAUCAAAUUGAAAUUGGUGUUUUUUCUGCCUAGAAGUUGAAAUCCGUUGAAAAUACUGAUGGAGGUUAUGGGAAAUACUUACAUGCCUGGGGAUCCUAGGCUGGUGGAGCAGCUUGUUUAUGAACUGAAGUCUCAAGGUAUUUUUGAUCAACUUCGUAGAGAAUGCAUCGCAGAUGUAGAUACUAAGCCUGCUUACCAGAAUUUGAGACAAAGAGUAGAAGGCAGUGUAACUUCAUUUCUCAAGCAACAGACUUGGAGACCAGAUAUGAUUAAGAACCAACUGAGAGAGCAGCUGCGCAAGAACAUACAUGAGUCAGGCUAUUUAGAAACUGGUGUAGAACGUAUUGUAGAACAGGUAGUAAACCCCAAAAUUAACACAGUGAUUCUUCCUCAAGUUGAGGAUGUUUCUUAUAAAUUCCUUGGGAUUGAAAAACCAUUUCGAGAUUCUACCAAAACGGAAUUGAAUGUUGGUAUAUCUGAAUUAUUGCCUAAAGAUCUAGAAGCUGUAUCUCCAGAUUCAGUUCAUAGUUUCAAAUCUGAUGAGAAAAUGAGAGAGAUAGAAAAUUUUAAUGAUUCCUUGAAUUCUAAUUCAAAAGCUGAUGAUGAUGAAAGCCCACCAUUUGAGCUUCUAAUUGAAACAAAAUCUCUGCCCCCAGAGGAUAAUUCUGUAGAUUCUCAUUUAUCUGGGUUUUCAGGGCUCCAAAGUCAUGAGUCCAAUCACUGUAGUGAUAUUAAAAUAAUACAGGUAGACCUGUCAAAUCCCAAUUCUCAAGUAUCCCAGAAUGAUUCAGAUAGUAGACUAUCUAUCAUCAUUCCAGAAGAAGUGACAAAAAUGGAUGUUUGUGAGGACUCCUUCACACAUUAUCAAAAAUCAGAAGCAAGUGAAGGAAAAUCUGAUAUUUUGGAUGUUGAUAAAGUUGAAGGGACUAAUAAUGCAUGUAGUAAUGAUAAAAGUAUGAACAAUGAUGUUUCUGAUGAUACAAAAGGUGAAAAUGAGAACAGCAAUCAUUGUAAUGAGGAAAAGAUCAUGGCAGGAAUGAAAAAGGAUGAUAAAAUGAUUGCUACUGAUGAAAAAUCUGAUAAAAGCAAGGAUGCUAAAAGCUCCAAGAGCUCUGACAAGCAUGUUUACAAAGAUAAAAGAGAUGAUAAAUAUAAAAGCAGUAGUAGUAAAGAUAAAAAUAAAUCUUCCUCUAAAGAUAAUAUUACCUCAUCAAGAGAUAAAUCUAAGAAAGAUUCAAGAAGCUCUUCAAGUUCCAUCAAAGAAAAAGAUAAAAAAGAAAAGUAUAAGGAAAAAUCAAACAAGUCAGAUAAACAUGCCAAAGAAAAGUCCUCAAAAGAUAAAGAAAAAUCCUCAAAAGAUAAAGAAAAAACAAAGGACACAUAUGACAAGAUAAAAGGAGAGAAAAAUAAAGAAAAGUCAGAUAAAGACAGAGAUAGAUCAGGUAAAGAUAAAGAGAAGGACAAAUCAGACAGGUCUCAUGACAAGGAAAAAUCUAAUAAAGAAAAAAAGAAAUCUGAUAAUGAUGAGAAUAAGUCUGAUAAAGUAAGUUCAGAUAUUGAGAAGCAUAAAGAAAAAGAGAAAGAUCAAGAAAAAUCUAAAGAAGUUGGAAAAUCUAAAUCAAAAGAGAAAUCAGGGAAGGAUAGAGAUAAAGUUGAUUUGGAGGGAAGCAAAGUAAAAGGAGAAAUUGAUGAAGGAAAAUCAUCCAAAAGUGAUGAAAGGAGGGAAGAAAAUAAGAAAUCUGAAAAAAGUAGCUCAUCUAAAGAGAAAGAGAAAACCAGGGAUAAGGAGAGGCCUCUGAAAGAGAAAUCAACAAGUGAAAUUGAGUCACCAGAAAAAGACAAGUCCAAAAAGGAAAAGGAUAUUGACAGAGAUAAAAGUAAAUCUUCCAGCAGCAAGUCCAAGAAUAGUUCAAACUCAAAGAAAGAAUCCUCAAGUGCUCAUAAAUCUAGAUCUUCAAAUUCCAGUACUAAAGACAAACCAAAAACUGAUGAAACUAACAAGUCAAAAUCCUUGGAAGAUAAAAAUACCACUGAUGGCAAACAUUCUAGGUCAAAAAAAGAGGGAGACAGGAAACGUGAUUCUAAAAAACAAUCAAAAGAUGAUCACUACAGUUCCAAAGAAAAAAAAAGUGAUAGGCGAUCUACUGAUAGAGACUCAAAUGAUGGCCAGUCAAGUAGAAACAAUUCUACAAAUUCAUUUCCUGAAACCAGUUCUUCACUCAUGGAGAACAAUGAUAAUGAAUUCUCCAGUAGCAGUGGGCCAGUGGAAUCUGGGAAUUCUGAUGAAGUAGAAUCAACUCCAGAGCCUCCUAAAAAUGAAGAAACAAUAACAAAUAAAGUACCACCAUUAAAAUUAACAAAACCAAAGUUUGCUUCAAACUUCCAGGAGGCAAGAAAACUAAUGAAAAUAAGAAAAGAACUAGCAAAAUUGGAGAGGCAGAAUCAACUAAACAGUUUUCAGGCAGAAAAUGUUGAUGGAGAUUCAACUGCAUCAAAAGUUCAAGACAGCUCUGAAAUAUCUCAUCAAACUGAGUUACCUUCAGAGUCUGUGAAAGAAGAUCCUCCAAUUGCAAUGAGUAUGCAGCCACUGAAACUAAAACUAACAAAACCGAAAUUUGCUUCAAAUUUCCAAGAAGCAAGAAAAUUGAUGAAAAUAAGAAAGCAACUUGCUAAAUUAGAGAGACAAAAUCAGUUGAGAAUAUCUUAUGAUGUAGAGAGACAAGAUACUUCUAAUGAGGCACCUGUUGAUACUGGAAACUCUGUUGAACAAGUUGAAUUAUCAUCAGAACCAGCUGUAGGAACAAAUACCAUAAAACCAUUGAAGUUGAACAAACCUAAGUUUGCCUCAAACUUCCAGGAAGCCAGAAAGUUGAUGAAAAUAAGGAAACAAUUGGCCAAACUGGAGAGACAGAAUCAACAAAACAUUUCUGCCAGGAUUGUGUUAGAUGCUCCAAGUAGCACUUCCUCAGGUGAUCUUAAGAAUGCUGAUAAAGGAAACUCAGGACUUGUUCAGAUAGCCAAACAGCCACUGAAACUGAAUAAACCAAAGUUUGCCUCUAACUUCCGUGAGGCAACAAAACUGAUGAAAAUAAGGAAAAGAUUGUCAAAAUUGGAACAAGAAAAUGAGUUGGGUUUCACAGAAGUUCAAGGAUCUACAGAAAAUGCCAUGUACAAAGCAGACAAAAGACACUCAACUGAGCAAAAUGAGGAUGAUACCACUAUUGUAAAUAAAAAUAAUGGAAAAACAUCUACAACUGGUCAAGCUGACAUUAAUAGUGAAAUACCAGAUUCAUCUAUAAAUGAGCCCUUGAAAAGUACUGAAUUGAGCCAAGAGAAUUGGGAAGCACUAGAAGCAAGACUGGCCCAAGAGAUGUCCAAUGUAAAUUAUAACUGCUAUGAUGAAUUUGAUGACUUGGGAUCAAGCACAACUCAUUUGAGUCCAAAGAAAAGUAAGGAGAUAAAUAUGAACCUUGAUAAGAGCACUAGUAAAAACAUUGAAGAUAACUCUGAGAACAGUCAGAAUGAUUCUAUAGAGUUUAAAGGUUUUGAGCUGAAAGAAUUUGAAAGGAACCCAACAGAUUUUUUCAAAAGCUAUUUUGAUGGUGGAAUUUCACAAAAUUUGGAGAGCUGUGGAUUCACUGGUUCUGAAAUGGUUAAAACUCCUGUGAAAACAAAUGAAGAUCCUCCAAAGCAAUUGACUAAGUUGAACAACAAUUUCAAACAGUUGUCUGUGAUACUUGAUGUCAAUGAUAUAAAAAAUAUCAAUAAAGUAAAUGAAGAAAUUGAAACUCAAUACUCUAUCAACGAAUGUAGAUACCUUGAACAGCAAAGUUCAAGGGAUGAAAGGAAUUUGCAGUAUAUUCACAAGUUUAUUGAGAAGUUAGAGAAAGAAAUAGAAGAUUGUAAAACAGAGCUGCAGAAUAAUGUUCAUUAUGGAAGAGGACAAAAGAGGAAAUUUGAGGAAUUUAUUGAUCAAAAGAAUAAUAAUAAAUCCUACUUUGAACAAACAACAGUGAAAAAGAGGGGAAGACCGCCAGGUUCAAAUUCAGCCAACACAAAGGCUGUCAAAAUGUGCAAUACCUCAGAUAUACUACAAAAUAACAGUUUUCCAUUGCCCUUGAGUCCAGCCGAGAGUGACAAAUCGAAUGAUAAAAAAGAAGAAGAGAUUGUGGUUCCUGCGAAACGGAAAAGGAUAGGCAUUAGAGCUUCUCAAAGGUAUUCAAGUGAAGAUCUGUACAAACCUAGGUUGGUUAUUUGUAGGAGAAGUAGAGGUGCCAAAAAUACCAGUUAAGUUUUGUCGUUUGUAUGUUUAUUGUAUAAACAUAUUGUAUAGUUUUUAGUUUUUAGUCACAUAGAAUAUCUAAUUAUUUUUAUACUUCGUAAAUUUCUACUUGAAAAUAAAUAUUUCAUUUCGAAAAAAGUUUCACAGGAUUUUAUGGAUAUUCAUGGAACUCUCAGAUCAAAAACACUAAAAUGAAUGUUCACUUCAUCUUUGCUUUUUGAUCACAAUUAGGCUGAAAAUGCCAAAUAUAAAUGUCCAUAAAACAGCUACUCCAAUCCCAUGCAGCACUUGUAAAUUGUCCAAAUACCAUGCCUUUUUGGCAACAUUUCUGAACGAUUCGAUAGCUAAUGUGAAAGGAAGACAUUUUGAAAAGUAUUGAAGUCCUAAAGGCAUCCCUUCUAUUGGCCAUACCA